AUGGAUAUCCACCGGUGUCGAUUCGUGCCGUACAAGGCAUCGGCCAUCAACGCCGUGGCCUUCUCGCACUCACAUCUCCCUGCCGACAGCAAGUUCAGUCGCGGAACGCCCGCGCGGAUGGCCAUUGGCCGGGCCAACGGCGACAUUGAGAUCUGGAACCCGAUGCAGGGCAGCUGGCUGCAGGAGACGACGAUCCCUGGCGGCCACGACCGCAGCGUCGAGGGCCUGGCGUGGGUGGUGGGUGACGACGAGGAGCUGGACGACGGCACACCCCACAACGGCACAAAAUCUCGCUCCGUCGUGAGCCACGGCCAGCUGCGGCUCUUCAGCAUCGGCUACACAAACACCAUCACGGAGUGGGAUCUGGAAAGGGGCUGCGCCAAGCGGCACGCCAGCGGCCAGCACGGCGAGCUGUGGUGCCUGGCAACGCAGCCAAAGGCGGCCGCCCCGGCCAAGGGCCCGGCGUCGUCCCAGGCCUCGACACAGCGUCUGGUCGGCGGCACCAUCGACGGCUGCCUGGCGCUCUACACGACCGACGACGACGAGCUGCGGUUCAUGCGGCUGUGCCGCACGCCCAAGAAGAACGUCAAGAUUGUCAGCAUCGCCUUCCAGACCCGCCAGCUGGCCGUGGCCGGCUGCUCCGACGGCACCAUCCGCGUCUUUGACAUCCGCAACGGCGCCAUGCUGCACGCCAUGACCAUGGGCCGCGACCUGCUCUCCGAGCGUGCGCCGGGGCCCAGCACCAGAAACGUCAUCGUCUGGUCGGUGCGCUGCCUGCCCAAUGGCGACAUUGUGUCUGGCGACUCGACCGGCCAGAUCUGCAUCUGGGACGGCGCCACCUACACCCAGGCCCAGCGCAUCCAGAGCCACACCCAGGACGUGCUGAGCCUGGCCACGAGCGCCGACGGCAGCUCGAUUGUGAGCGGCGGCAUGGACCGCCGCGUCGUGCUGUACCGCGAGAUGGCCGGCCAGGCCUCGUCGCGCUGGGCCAAGGUGUGGCACCGCCGCUACCACCAGCACGACGUCAAGGCGCUGGCCGCGUUCGAGGCCAAGGGCAUGAGCGUCGUCGUGGCCGGUGGGCCCGACGCCGCACCCGUUGUGCUGCCCCUGGAGAAGUCGGGCACCGAGCACCACCGCACGCUGUCGCACCUGCCGCAGGCCGUGCCCGUGGCCAGCGCGCCCGACGCGCGGCUCGUCAUCUGCUGGUGGGAGCGCCGCAUCGAUGUGUGGGCCUUUGACACGCCGCUCGACCAGGUCCUGGGCGAGGGUGCGUCUCCCGAGGCGGGCGCAGAGGCCGAGGCGUUUGAGCGCAGCCGCCGCCUUGUCGGCCGCAUCGUGGUCAAGGGCGACGCCUACAUUACGGCGGCGGCCAUCAGUGCCGACGGCUCGCUUGUCGUGGCCGCCACCACCAACGAGACCAAGGCAUUCCAGCUGCGCAAGGACCCGUCCGGCGGCCUGGCCAUCUCCAAGGUGGCUGUGCCGGCGUCGGUUGCCAGCAAGGGCGCUUCGGGCGUCGCCAUUGCACCCAACGGCCGUUGGGUGUGCCUGUCCAGCGGCGUUGAUAGCCAUGUGACGGUGAUCGAGGCCCUUCCUUCCGCCGACGCCAGCGGCACGGUUGCGUUCCGUGCCAAGGCUGCGCGCCUGGCACGCCUGCGGCGGUCUGUGCCCCGGCACGAACUGUACAGUGGGCUCGGCCGCUACGACCGACGCAUCAUGCGCCUUGCCUUCUCUCCCGACAGCAAGCUGCUCGCUACGGCCGACCUGGCAGGUUAUAUCGACACGUGGAUCCUGCGCGGUCCAGAUGGCAUUACAGACGAUGUCAGCGGCACCGACGGAGCCGGUGCGGCCGGUGAGGAGGGCGACGAUGCGAUGCCUGAUGUGGAUGAGGAGGACUCGGACGACUCGUCCGACGAGGAUGCUUCCGACGCCGAGGACAACAGCAACGGCAUCGUUGCGAACACGAGCAACAAGUGGAUCCGGAACCCGCGCGCCAAGCAGCUGCCCAAGCUGUCGAGUGCCCCCGUCGUGCUGUCCUUUUCGGCCGACGUGCCCGGCGCCCCUGCCGUGGCCGGCGAGCCCGUUUCCUCUUCCACCGCUGCCCGCGACUACGUUCUGCUGGCCGUCACCGCGACAUCGCGCCUCUUCGCCUUCAACCCGCUGCGAGCGCGCCUGGUUCCCUGGCUGCGCCGCCUGAGCCCGGCCAACCUGCCCGUCGAGUACCGCAACAUCCGCGACUUGGCCAAGGGCGUGCUGUGGCAAGGCCCGCGCGUGUGGAUCUACGGCACGUCGUUUUUGUUUAUGGUCGACACCUCCGUUGAGCCUCAGACGGCCACGCAGUCGACGACAACCGCCUCUACAGACAAGCCGUCGUCGUCGGCUUCUGCGGAUGUCGUGGCACCGGCCGAGCCGGCCAAGCGGAAGCGCAAGCGCGGCGACGAUUCCGGUGCCGGUAGCCGCAUGCAGCGCACAGGCCUGGACCCUCAGCGUGUGCAGAUGGCGGUCGGCGGCGAGUGGGUCGAUGUGGCCAUGGAGGACGCCGAGAACAAGGGCACACACUCGGUCGAUGGCAACGACGACGACGAUGACGAAGACGACGAGUCGGAGGACGAGGAGGAGGAGGAACAGACACAUAAGCUUCUGUUGGAGCAGCAACAGCAGCAGCAGCAACAGGCGCACCAGUCCAAAAAGUCGCCAAGAAAGACACGAAAGCAGCAAAAAGGCGGGAGUGACGCGGCCGAUGCGGAUGCGGACAAGCAGCUCCAAAAACACCUACGCUCGCCACAGCCGCAGCAGCCACGGUGGUGGCACACGUUCAAAUACCGCCCGAUUCUGGGCGUGGUUCCUCUGUCGUCGACGACCACUGCGCCGGCCGCCUCGUCAGGCUACCCGGCACUCGAGGUGGCCCUCAUUGAGCGCCCUGGCUGGGACAUUGACCUGCCGCUGCGUUACGAUGAGUAA